GAUCGAGCGAAUAAUUUAACUGCUGAGUCAAUAUCGACGAAGUUAAAUUCUAUUGUGAAAAUUCUAAAACCGAAAAAAAAACAACAGCAAUAAUGUCUUACGCUAAACUCGUGAACACUUGCAACGUCAGCACUUUGGCUGAACAAGCCAUCAACAAACCGAAUUACACACCAGGCAAGGCGCUGAAGACGGUUUUCAAGUUAUUGAAACGCGUCUUCAAAUCAACAACAGUCAGCAAAGCAGACAGCAACAACAACAUACAGCAGCAAAUCACAUCCAUAAAGCCGCAAGCAAUAACUGAGCUGCCGAAAGCAAUAACCACUGAAGUCGAAGCAUCCAAAUUCAACGCUAGCAUACUAACCACUUGCUCAACACUCAGCGCUGAGGAGUACGAAAAUGAACAGAACGAGUUAGCUGAGUUGGCGACAAAAAGCAAAUCGUUGGAGUAAUACGUUCAUGAACGCAGUCUAUCGUAAUUGAUAUUCAAGGAUACUAUGCAUAAAGUGUCCUACUGGCAAGCCGCUGGUGCCUUCUAGGACUUGGUACGUCCUUAAACCACACCGCUUACAUUUCAAUAAGAAAAAGAGCUUUAAUAGUUUAUAUGUAAGUGUGUGAUGCAGUCGAACUGCCAAAUUGCUCCAUCGUCGACGCUAUGCCGCCACUAAUUAGUCAGCGUGUGUGCUGCUCCAUCGCAUCUCGGGCGUAAGACCCCGUGGACUGGCAUUUUUGAAAUUGUCGACGAUGUGAAACGGCUUUAAUUUUUACAUAUUUAGUUUAAGAAUCAUUUGUCUUCCAAAUAGUUUUUAAGUACAAUUUUUUAUAUA